AUGAGCAAAAAGUUCAAAUCUCAGGCCUCCAGCAGUCGCGCUGCUGCUGGUGCCUUGGGCUCUUUUGGAGGCUUCUCUGGUGGACUCUCUGGUCAAGGAAAAGAGCCGUCUGCUCUCACCUAUAUUGCAGCGCCGCCGGAUCUUUCUCGCAUUGCAGACCAACAACUAGUCAUUGCAUUCAAGAAUUUGCUGAAAAAAGAUGAUAUCACACGCACAAAGGCACUGGAAGAGUUGAAGGAUCAUAUUUCGAAGGUUGAAGCGAACAGCGGCACCCUAGAUGACGGUUUUCUGGACGCUUGGGUCAAAAUUUACCCUCGCCUCUCAAUUGAUCUUUCGCGCCGAGUUCGACAAAUUGCACACCCGAUACAAGGUACAAUUUCCGGCCUUGUGGGAAAGCGCAUUGUUCCCAAUUUACCUAAAGUCAUUGGAGCAUGGCUUGCCGGCGUUUACGACAACGAUCGACCUGUGCAACGAACCGCCCUCGAAUCUUUUACCAGAGUCUUCUCGUCGGAAGAAAAGAGAAACAAUGUGUGGAAGAUCUACCAAGGCUCCAUUUUGGACUUUGUAGAUGAUGUCAUUCUUCACCAAACAUCCCUGACGCUGAGUGAUGAAAGGACAGUCAAGAGAGACGAUGCUGAAGGAAAAUACGCUCGCGUUGUUGGGGCCGCAAUCAUGCUUUUCAACCGGGUACUAGGGAACUCGGCCGAUGAAGAUCUGCAAAAGAACCUACCGGAGAUUGAGACUUUAUUAGGAAGCAAGUCCCUUUGGUCUCUCUGUCACCACGACGAUCCCUAUGUUCGUCGAUCUAUAUACAUUCUGCUUCGGUCUGCAGUUUCUAGGGAGCCUGGGUGGCUUGACUGGAAGACCCUCAGCUCAGCCGUCAUUGGAAAGGCUUUGUCUCUUCAACAAAUUGGAUCAGGCUCCGAAUUGUCUGAGUCUCUUCUUUUAUUGACAUCAUUGAGACCUCAAGUUUGGACUGACGAUUAUACCGGAAAGUCAUCUGCUUCGAAAAAGUUGCGCCAGUAUAUGCAAAAAGGAUCCCAAGGGGGGCAUGGUAACUAUUGGUCGAAUCUUGAUCAAUUACUUCGGAUCAUACCCCAAGAGGUACUCGCAGGUGCUGACAAGGCAACCUCUGGUGACGAAAUUACAUCCACAAGUGCGAUUGCCAUAACAGAGGCGUUGCAGGAAGGCCUUAACUCAAGAGAAGAGCCACGUCAAAAUUUGGCUCUUGGAUGGAAAUCUUACAUUCAAAUCGGAACGUGGCUUGCAAGCUUGCUACCCGAUGAUCAAAGGUCCGAUUUUAUUGAAAAAAGACUCUCUCCCUUGGUGGUCAACUACGUGCAAGUCAACCCAGAGCUGUCUCAGUGGUCUCUUCCUGUCCAAUCAGCCGAAGGAACUUGCAUCAGUUAUCUCUCCACAUUGGCUUCUACGGAACAGCAACCGGCAUUGCAAUCAUUGUGUACAGCCCUUUCCGACGGCCUCUUAGAAGCCGUGAGGUUGUCAUCGCCAGAACAAUCAAAAGACUUCCGCACUUCACAAGACUCUAUAUGUGCCCAAUCAAAAAGGCUAUUGGCUCUGCAGUCUGCCGUCAUGUCCCGGACUGCAGAGACUGAAGUCGAGGCUCAAGUCUCACAGGUCUUCGAAAAAUCAACUGUAGCCCUUCUUGAGGGGUGUUUGCAGGUUUUGCGCACUCGCAAUGGCAAGCCAUACGGUGCUGCAGCUGCAGUUGAAGAGUGUGUUCGCAGUAUGCCAUCUGUUACCAAGAAAUCUUCAGAUCUUCUGAAGUUUGUACAAAACGAUGCACCAGAGCUUUUGGUCUCGCCAUCUGCUGACCGUUUAAUUGCCAUCAUUCUUGCAUGUCGGGAGUGGGACGGCUAUGCGUCCAGUUUCGAGAACAUUGUUGAGCAGGCUCUGGCUCUGGAGCCUGAGCAGUCAAAUGUCCAUGUCCUUCAAAGCUUGCUCUCUUCUCUCGACUUCAACGAGGUUGGUCACAAAGAAAAGCUCAACUCGCUCGUCGUACGUGCUCUUGAUAAGGCUUGCCGGGGCAGCCAUGCCCAUUGGCCCAUCAUCACCGCUGUUCUCCAGAACAAGUCAUCUCAUGGUGAAUUGAUGCAACAAAUCUUCUUGUCACUGAUUGACGCCUUGUCUUCAGAUGACAGAGUCUUCGAUGCUUUACACGGGCUUUCACAUAUUGGAAAAACUGCACCGUCAUCACUUCGCGAGUUCCAGGCUGGUCCUCACGGUUCGAAGUUAGCGGGCAAGCUUCUCUUCCUUGCAGAAUCACCCGAGGAGGAAGUAUCAAGUGUAGCGGAGUCAUUGCUGAGAUCCUUGAAGGCAACUGCUGUUGGCGAUACGAGUGCCAAGUCAAGCAUCGAAAUUCUUCAACGUGGUUUCAGUAAUGUGAACGAAGAAUCAUUAUCGAUCGAAUCACUUCUUGCCAUAGCAGACGAAUUGCUACCAAGUCUUACAGCCGAAGGUGCCACUGGCAAAAUUAAGAACAUUUUGCCCACUCGUCGCACAUGGGAAGAAGCUUUGAGCCCCUUCCUUCAGCUUCCACCGCGCUCCUCUAUUGCAAUCACGAGUCCUCUUGGUGGUAUUGUCCAUCUGGUCGACCGCGAGCUAUCUGACUCUUUCAAGGCCUUGUGGCCUACCAUUCCCCGUGACUCGGAUCAUUGCUCUUCUGCUUUCCGUUUGGCAACCUUCACUAUCAGUAUCCUUUCAAGCUCAGAAGUUGUAAAGUAUCUUGAGCAGGAAGAUCUGGAGACCUUGUUCCAAUUCCUCCCAUUGGCUGUUCAACUCAUUGAUGAUGAUCUGAGUAUCGAAAACUCCAAUGGUAUCUCUGGUCUCGAAUUGGCUGAUCAGCGCGAGGAGUACAUGGAAACUGUAUUCAGCGGUCGAAAGGUGAUUGGGGGUUGGAUCCGUUCGGACUCUCCGGUUGCCUCCGCGUCCGAUCUGACGGUUUCAGCCUUGUUCACUAAGUCUUGGGAGGCCCGAUUGGAAGAUCUUAAGGGCACAUCGCCCACAGACUAUCGGGUUGGCGAAGCCUUUGUGAAACUCAUGACAACUGUUGAUUCGUCAAAAUCUUCAGAUGAUGUUGCAACAAUUUGCAGAGAGGCCCGGACUGCCAAUGCUAUUCGUUCAGCGUCCUGGUUUUCCGUGUUGCGAGGCCCUAUCCUUUCAAACCCCAUCGGAAAUCGAAUUUGUAACGAACUGGUUGCGGAUUCUACUGGACUGAAACCUCAGGACACUUCUCUAGGUGGCCUGCGCAAGCUUUCAUUGCUCAAUAUUCUCCUAUCUGGGGAGGAAGAGGUCGUCUCCACCAUUCCCACGCAGCGACUGGUUUUCCUGACCAAGCACUUGAUCGAGUGUUUCCAAUCUGAAUCGGUGCCUCUUGGUCUGAGGGCUGAGAUUAUCAAAACUCUUUCCUUUGUUCUUCCGGCUUUGAGUGAAAUUUAUGGAUCUCACUGGGAAGAAACCAUGGACAUUCUGAGCUCUGUGUUCCGAGAGACUCGUGGGGGUGAAGAGGCUUUGCCGCUACUCGUAUCAUCAUUCAGGCUGUUCUCGAAGUUGAAGACCAUCUCGGAGGAUGACAGCAAUGAUGAUGUCCAGGACGCUUGGUCAGACCGCAAGACUCAAUUGUUUAAUGAUGUGGCUUCUACCAUUGACAAAUUUGACUCGUCUACCACAUUCCAUCAACCUCGCGACGUUGCCGUUGAACUACUGCAACGCCUGAUCACUACCAUCCCUGUUGACAAACUGGAUGAUGUCAGUGAGACCUUCCAUCUUCUGACUGCACACAGCCGGGCGGUUCAACGCACUGCUUACACAAUCCUUCAUCGCUAUAUCCCCCAUUGUCAGGAGCAAGUGUCUUUUGAUGUUGCCCUGUCAAAGACUGCUGUUAGUCUCCCUGAUGAGCUUAUUUCUCUGCUGAUGGAGCCACCAACGGUGCAAAUGAUCUCUUCUGGUUAUGGAGAUGAUAAGAUGUGGACCACCAUGCGCUCAUACCUGCUAGCCUGGCUGGUGGUAUAUGACCACUUCACAAACGCAUCGCUUCCUGUUCAGGAGUAUUACACGGGAAAUAUUAAGGAGAACAAUGUCCUUAUUCCCCUACUGGAAUUCACAUUCGAUUUCCUUCAAAAGUCCCACGGAAAAAUGAUCGAUGCUUCCAAGCUCGACAUUCGGUCCUUCAAGCCAGAUCAAUCUGAGUCCGCUGAGAAGGAAACACAGUGGCUCUUGGUUCAUCUGUACUACCAGUGCCUGAGAUAUUCCGCCAACAUGACCAAGAACUGGUGGAUCGACACCAAGAAGCGUAUCAAGGGCCCAGUGGAAUCAUGGACAGAGAAAUACAUUUCCCCUCUCGUGGUCGAGGAUGCCCUGAAGGGCGUAACCGAUUGGGUCGCAACUCAAGAUCCAAAUGAAGAGCGAGCCUUGGAUGUGAAAAUCUCCGCCAAGACAGGAGAAAUCAUCGCAUCCAUCCCCGUCGACGAAGAAUCCCCUCCAGUAGCCAUCUCCAUCUCCCUCCCCCCCGCAUACCCCCUCCAACCCGCCUUGGUCGUUGGUCGCAGUCGCGUGCUCGUUGACGAGAAGAAGUGGAAGAGCUGGCUGCUCACGAUCCAGGGUGUUAUCAUGUUCGCCAACGGCAAUCUGGUUGAUGGCCUGCUGGCCUUCCGACGGAACGUCCAGGGUGCCCUCAAGGGCCAGAGCGAAUGCGCUAUCUGUUACUCUGUUAUUUCGACGGACAUGCAGACGCCUAACAAGCGCUGUGCUACUUGCAAGAACACUUUCCACUCGGUUUGUUUGUUCCGCUGGUUCAAGAGCAGUAACCAGAGUACCUGUCCUCUGUGCCGAAACAACUUUGUUUAUGUAUAA